UCCACGUAUUAGUGCAUUACCCUACCUCUUCCAUUUUCUUACUCCACAUUUCACCAUACCCCUCCGCUUCUCCUUCAUUUAUUUCCCCCUAAGUUGCCCAACAUUAAUUACCAAAUUGAAAAAGAAAAUUAACAAUGAAAGAAGAUACUAAUUGAAGGUGGAGUGCAACAAGAGGUUGAAAUUCAUCAAGUCGACAGUGAAGGUGGUUUAAAAACUUAAAUUCAGGAUGGCAGAGAGAAUUAUCAAAGUAAAUUAUCGAGCGUAUUGUGUUGAUAUAAAGGUUGAAGAUACCGAUAGGUGUUUGUUGAUAGAUGUGAUUAAUGACAUGUGUGAAGUGUUUGAAAAUAAAGGCUUUGAGCUCCCUAAAUAUCAUAGACUGCAUUAUUUCUUUGGAAAGAAGGCUAAUGAAUUGAAAGAUGACAAAACACUAAUGCAAAUGUUUGAGGAUAUUCCACACAUGGAGAUUGACAUAUGGGAGGUGAUUUCUAGUGAGUCAUGAUUCGCACAGUGGCCCACGUACUUAGGUAUUCCAGAAUUUUAAUAAAGCAGGUUUGUAGAGAUAACUUGCGGGAGAAGUUAUCAUGGUAUUCGUGUUGAGAGUUUAUUCCUUCCAUAUUUUAUAAACUCUAUUUAUAGUCAUGACUACUAAUAUUAUUACUACUACUUAUCUUGGUAAUUCCUGUGUUUUAAGUUGGAAAAUGUUAUGGCCGAGAUGGUUAUUCAUUGCUUGCCCUCUAGGAACCCAUACAUAGAGCUUAAGAAUCGGUUUCGUGAUAUGCAUUUGGACAAUGGUAUUCCUAACAAUUACAAGUAUGGUACUCCAGAUGGCAGAUGGAGAUAUGACUUGGAGAUUAUGACCACUAUUAUAGAGCUUGCGGAGGAAUGUUUUGAGGAUGGUAAAACAGUGGAAAACAUCAAUCUCACAGGACUAGAUGAUGAGACGGAAACUCAGAUGGAUGAGGAUAGUGAUGAUGAUGUUGUUGAGAUUGAAAACCCUAAUCCUAUCAUUCCUGAACCUACUAUUGAGAUCUCUAGUGAGACAGAAAUUGAGCCUGAGACUAACAAUGAUGAAGUGAACAGUGAGCUACAACAGAAUAAUGAGGAUAUGGAGUAUGAAUCUGAUCCGGAGGAAGACUUUGAUGACUUUGAAGGCCAUGAGCACUCUCCACCAGUCCGUAGAGGAGGAUGGAUAGUAGAAUAGCAUUUUAAAGACUUUUCUAAUGUAAUAGCUAGUGCUUAAUUUUUAGUGAAGUAAUAAAGUAGCAAGCUACUAUUUAUGGUUUAGUAGUUCAUUUUGUGGUUUCUCGAAUAAAGUACGACCCAAAGGAUGUAUUAUUUUCUCAUUGAAGUAAUAAAAUUUUAGAGUUCUUUC